GAAUUGAAAAUGUUUCAAUUUAUUUAAACUUUUUGCAUAUCUAUUAUCUAUCUAUUUAUUAUUGUUUAAUGUAAGCAAUGGAUGAAGAUUCAAUGAAAAAGUGUAAAUGUUGUUUAGAAGAAGAUGGAUUAUUGAAUUUAUGGGAAGAAUAUAAAAGCUACGGAGAGAGUAUUAUUUAUGGUGAUAUGAUAAAAGAAUGUUUCGCUUUACCUUUGCAAAAACCUAUCACAAAUGGACAAGAGUACAUCUGCGAGUCCUGCGUCAGUCGGCUGACAGACGCCAUCAAUUUCAAGAAGGAAAUUCUAUCUUCCGACAUGCUAUUAAAGGCAUUGAAUAAGGAAAUUACAGAGUCGCAAUUCAAACAAGAAACCGAAUCGGACGUUGAGAUAAAAACUGAAUAUUUGGACAUCGAGUAUCUGCUAGAUGAUGACUGUAAGGAUAUGUGCGAUGCGGUAUUCAGUGAUGAUGAAGAGAAUGUCGAAAUGGAAACGAUGAAGGACUCAUCAAAAAAGCGAUGUACAUACACACAAAAAGACUUGGAUAGUUGUACAAAAGGGAUACAGGACAGUGCAGAAAAUUUCAAUGUCGAGUCCGGCACAAAGAAAUCUAGGCGUAUAUUUUCAAGUGUAUAUAUAAAUGAUAUGCAAAAGUCAAUCAAAAGUGAACCUGGCCAAGACCAGAAAAGAGCGAGAAGAAAAUUGACGAACCGCAUCCUCACCGAUCCGAUCGGGGAUUUUGCAAACGAGCAAAUAUUCCUAAACCACUUGAACACCUAUUCGAACGCGACGCCGCUGAAAGGCUACAACGGCAGAGCGUACGAGUGCUAUUUCUGCGAUAACCAAUACGAGGAACCUGCAGAAUUGAAGGCGCACACGAGAAAAGCGCACAGGAAGUCCAAACUGCUGUCGCUCGAGGUUCUGACAGCUGGCGCCAAAAUCGACGUCACCGACUUGACGUGUCUCAUCUGUCACACGGAACUCAACCUGAUCACAGACUUCAGUGAACAUUUGAAAAAGGAACAUUCGAAGACAUUCGACGAGGCGACAGUGGAUUAUCUAGUGCCGUUAAAAUUCAGCGGGGACAAGUUACAGUGCGCCAUUUGUGCGGAGACGUUCCUGUACUUUAAGCUUUUGUAUGAGCACAUGAAAAAGCAUAUAAGGAAUUUCGAGUGCGAAUCGUGCGGCUGCGGGUUCAUCACGCGCCGGACGCUACGCGCGCACAUCCGUCGCCAUGACAACGGGGAGUACAAGUGUAACCACUGCUCGAAGGUAUUCUUCACGAAGGCGAGGGUCCGGAAUCACCAGAAGCAAGUGCAUUUUAAAGUGAAACGGAACAAGUGUUCGUACUGCGAUGAGAAAUUCAACGACCUGAUGAAGAAGAAAAAGCACGAGUGUGACGUGCACGGCGCGAAGAAGCAGACGUUUGUAUGCCAAGCGUGUGAGCGGCAGUUUCAAAGUCAGAAAUCGCUCGCCUGCCAUAUAAAAGAGUAUCAUUUGAUGAUAAGGAACCAUAAGUGUACCGUAUGUGAGCAGACUUUCGUGACCCCGCUUGCUUUAAGGGAGCACAUGGUUAAGCAUACGAGGGCAAGGGAUUUUAUAUGUAAAGUGUGUAAUAAAGGAUUUAGUAGGCGGUACACGUUGGUGGAGCAUAUGCGGAUACAUAUGAACGAUAGGCGUCAUAAGUGCGAGUUGUGUGGAAGCGCCUUUAUACAGAAAAGUAGUUUGAGGAAUCAUAUAGCGACGAAACACCCGCAUGUGGAGGUAUAAAAUAUAUCUUAUAUACUUA